UCUACCCGAUCCAUCCAACUCCUCACCAACCUCAUCGCCCUUGCUGUUUUACUGCGGCCGGAGACCGUGCAGGAGCUCGCGCGGCGCAGCACUCGGUCGUCUCACUGCCACCACCGUACGUCUAGCUCGACGACAGUGCUCGCCGGCGCCGUCAUGAUGCGGCGGCGCCCUUCCGAUCUUCUUCUCCUUCGCCGUGUCGCUCUGUGCGUCGUCCUUGCCUUCGCCGGCCAGCAGUGCUGGUACCUUGGGCGGGGAGUGGUGGCCGUCACGCUGUCGACGUCGUCGCGGUGGAUCGUCGACGAGGCCGGGCGGAGGGUGAAGCUGGCCUGCGUCAACUGGCCGUCGCACCUGGAGCCGGUGGUGGCGGAGGGGCUCGGGAGGCAGCCCGUGGACGCCAUCUCCAAGAAGGUGGCGUCCCUGGGGUUCAACUGCGUCAGGCUGACGUACCCGAUCGCGCUGGCCACCAACGCGUCGCUGUCGUCGCUCACCGUGCGGCAGUCGCUCCUGGCGCACGGCCUCGCCGAGACGGUCGCCGGCGUCGGGGAGAACAACCCGGGUUUCCUCGACCUCACGCUGAUCGAGUCGUUCAGGGCCGUAGUGGACAGCCUCGGGGAGAACGACGUCAUGGUGAUCCUGGACAACCACGUGAGCCAGCCCGGGUGGUGCUGCGCCGACGACGACGGCAACGGCUUCUUCGGCGACCGGUACUUCGACUCCGACGUCUGGGUGCAAGGCCUGGCCAACAUGGCCGCGCUGUUCGCCGGCGUCCCCAACGUCGUCGGCAUGAGCCUCCGCAACGAGCUCCGCGGCCCGAGGCAGAACCACGGUGACUGGUACAGGUACAUGCAGCGUGGGGCGGAGGCGGUGCACGCGGCGAACCCGGCGGCGCUGGUGGUCAUGGGCGGGCUGGGGUACGAUACCGACCUGUCCUUCCUCGGCGCGAGGCCGGUGGACGUCAGCUUCGCGGCGGCGGCGGCGGAGAGGAGGAAGCUGGUGUUCGAGCUGCACUGGUACAGCUUCUCCGACGCGCGCGCCUGGGAGGCGGAGAACGCCAACGAGGUGUGCGGCCGCGUCGCGCGCGACUUCCUCGCGCGGCGGGGCGGGUUCCUGCUCGACGCCGGGCUCCCGCUCUUCCUCAGCGAGUUCGGCGGCGACACCCGCGGCGGGUCGCGCGCGGACGACAGGUACUUCCCUUGCGCCGCCGCCGUCGCCGCCGAGCUCGACCUCGACUGGGCGCUCUGGGCGCUGCAGGGGAGCUACGCGCUGCGGCAGGGCGUGCCGGGCACGGACGAGGUGUACGGCGUCCUCGACUGGUCAUGGAGCAAGCCUCGCAACGUGACCGCGCUCGCGAGGGUCCAGUCGCUGCAGCGCCCACUACGAGGGCCUGGCUACGAUGAGGCGCGGCCGUACACCGUGCUGUACCACCCGCUUACGGGGCGCUGCGUGGUGAGGCGCGCGGCGGCGGCGGCGGCGUCGGCGACGCUGGAGCUGGGGCCGUGCAACGAGACGGAGGCGUGGGCGUACACGCACCCCUCAUCGACGCUGGCGCUGCAGGGCGCGACCACCCCGCCGCUCUGCCUGAGAGCCGAGGGGAGCGGCCGGCCCGCACGGCUCACCAGCGACGCCGCCGGCGGCGCCGCGGCGACGUGGCGCCUCGUGUCAGACUCCGCGAUGCACGUGGCCGUCAACGCGACGACGUCGUCGUCCCCUGCAGGUCAGGACGGCACCGGCGGCCUCCUGUGCCUGGACAUCGGCGACGACCGCCGCACCGUGGUGACGAACCCGUGCAGGUGCCUACACACCGCCGGCGACUGCGACCCGCAAACCCAAUGGUUCAAGCUCGUCACCAGCACACGGGCCCCAUCCACCACCACCACCACCGCCACCGCCGCCGCCGUCGCGCGAGGGGUCAUCGCUGCGUGAAAACCGACCGAUCCACCGGUCGCGCUCGCAUCCAUCCAUGGAUUCACAACCAAGAUCUCUAGAGAAACCGAUCACCAACCGAUCGAUCGCGUCCAUUCAUUGAUCACGCACGUGCCGAUGCAUCAGUGAUCACUGCACUGUUGCUCCACAGUGCGCUUGAGCUGAACCGAUGAACUGACGAACAAAACACACGCAUUCGCACCUGCAGCCUCAAACAAAUUUUGUAUCGGUGCCGUGCUGGGUCCACGUGUUCAGAACAGUGACGACCACAAGUGCGAGAGGUGAGAGGGUGUGGGUGUUGGUUACCCUUAAUUAACUAACCCGAUUAGCAUAGUCGACGCUAAUUAAUUUGGGAACAGGACACUCGUGCGUACGAUCCAGUCGUUAAGGCAGUAGCCAGUUGGUACGCCGACCUAACAGAAGACGGGCUCGACGCCUUCUUGACAGGUCGGUGUAGAUCAUCAAGAACGAGCUCGAGUUUACGGGAAGGAGUUUUCAUGUCGUAAGCGGUAGCGGAGGAGGACGAGAGAGAGACAAAAAAUUAGGUGUGGCUAUGUGCUGCGAGGAAUAAUAAUGACCUUAAAGCAAAAAUAUUUUUUCGUAAAGAUAAUGGGCAUAUAUUAUAUGACGGUAAAUAGAAUGAUAAAUUAUAAUCCAUUUAAACAUGCUUAGAUUAUCAGUUCCGUGUAUCCUUUAGUAUCAAAUAAAAUCAAAUGCACUUUAAAAUCUUCUGUUAUAACAAGUCCAAUAUCGUAAAUUCAAAUGUACCAAUCAAGCGAUAAUCUUAAUUGAUUUUAUACCAAAAGAGUAAUCAUAGUUGUAAAAUCAUAAUGGUCAGGAUCGGUCUAGUGUUGUUGGACUAUUGAUCAUCCAUCCCUUUUCUAGCUUAUUGCCUUUACUUUGACUAUUGAUCAUCGAUCCCUUUCCUAGUUUAUUGUCUUUAUUUCUUUCUUGAGCUCGCAUCAUAUAAAUGUAAUCCAAUGCACAAACACAAUACAUGCAAUGGAGGAAGCAUCGCUCCCUUUGCAUUGCAUCAUGUCAUUCAUCUCUCUCAUCCAGCUUGAAUAACACUGUACAUUACCAAGCUUGUUCAAGUUAGGUCGGCUCUGGUCGGUCCGAUCCAACCUCUCUAGAAAAACCCCAAGCUCGACCUGACCUGACUAUGUUUUAGAAUUAUGAUUAGAUUUUGAAGCCCAAAAAUAUGAAAAAAAAUUCAAAAUUUAUAAAAGACCCGAGAAACCCCAAGAAAAGCUUGGCCUAACCAAGAAAGCCCCAAUGCUCGGGUCAAGCAUGUGUUUGUUUUUC